GAUCUAUUAUGUUUAAUGAAUGUAAUAUUUGUAUUCAGUAAGUUAGCCGGGAAGGUUAUCUAUGUGACUGGGGGUAGCCGAGGUAUUGGUCUCACUAUGGCACUCAAGGCUGCACGAGACGGAGCUAAAAUCGUUGUUGCUGCAAAAACAGCCGAUCCUCAUCCUAAGUUACCUGGUACCAUCUAUACAGCAGCUAAGGAGAUAGAAGCUGCUGGCGGUCAAGCUCUUCCUUGUAUCGUCGACGUCAGAGAUGAGGGUCAGGUUCAGGCCUCCAUAGAACAGGCGGUCAAACAUUUCGGCGGUAUAGACAUUCUCAUCAAUAACGCCAGUGCCAUCAGCCUGACAGGGACCCAGGAGACGGAUAUGAAGAGAUUCGAUCUCAUGCAUCAGAUUAACACGAGGGGAACCUACCUAGUCUCUAAGUGUGCUCUACCCUAUCUCAAGGAGAGUGCUAAAAAGGGACGAAACCCUCAUAUUUUAAACAACUCCCCUCCAUUGAGCAUGAACCCUAGAUGGUUUAGAGAUCAUGUUGCCUACACAAUGGCUAAGUAUGGAAUGUCAAUGUGUGUUCUAGGCAUGUCGGAGGAAUUUAAAAAGGACGGAAUCGCAGUUAACGCUAUUUGGCCCAAAACUGCUAUUAUUACCGCGGCUAUGGAGAUGCUCGGAGGCGGAAAGGAUAUCGCCUCGCAAUGCCGGAAACCGGAUAUCAUGGCGGAUGCUGCAUAUGUUAUUCUGACCAGAGACGCAAGAAAUUUUACAGGAAACUUCUGUGUUGAUGAGAAGGUUCUCCGUGAGGAGGGAGUAACAGAUUUCUCCCAGUAUCUAGCUGCACCUGGACAAAAGGAGGAGGAUCUUAUGCCUGAUUUCUUCCUGGAUGAGUUCCUAGAAAUUGAACAAAAGAAUCUUGUUGAGAGACAGACAGCCAAGGUUCAGAGUGGUUCUAGUUCAAGUCCAGCUGCUGCUAAUUCUGGCUCAAUCGAGCAGACAUUUGAAAAAGUUUCAGAGUAUUUCAGCGAGGAUAUCGUAAAGAAGACCAAUGCUGUUUUUGCCUUCAGUAUUCCAGAUGAUAACUCUGAAUGGUAUAUUGACCUGAAGAAUGGUGCCGGCAGCUACGGUAAGGGUCAACCUGCCAGUGCAGCUGAUGUUACCUUCACCCUUAAAUCAGCUGAUUUUGGCAAAAUGUUCAGCGGGAAGUUGAAGCCAACCACCGCCUUUAUGACCGGCAAGCUGAAGAUCGCCGGGAAUAUGGGGAAGGCGAUGUCCCUGGAGAAGUUGAUGGGAAAGAUGCAGAAGAGAUCCUUCUCCACUUCAAUCCAACCUCGUUCACCAAAGAGCAAGCUUUAAGAAGGACCCAGAGCAGAAUUGAAACCUGAAAUCUGCUCACUGUAUACUCUGAGUACUAAACCAGGAUUGAGAGCUUAUCUCUUUAACCUUGUAAAAACUGUUUUGUUAUAAUAAUAUAUUUCUAUUUUAGAA